AUGUCAUAUACUUACAAAGGGCCUGUCGAUGCCGGCGCUCCUGUCGAUGAGAGUCGCAUCAAGGGCAAGACCGCUAUUGUCACUGGAGGCGCCAACGGAAUAGGUGAAUCUUAUGUCCGACAUCUCGUCAGAGCUGGAGCAUUCGUUGCAGUCGCAGACAUGGAUGAAGCUCGGGGGAAAGUUCUGGAGAAGGAGCUUGGGAUCAAGUUCUUCAAGUGCAACGUUAGUCACUGGUCGGACCAGCUGGCCGUGUUCAGAGCAACAUUGUCGGCAUCUCCGGCUGGCAGAAUUGAUAUAGUCAUCGCCAACGCAGGCAUCAGCGGCGGUGACUCUGUCCACUUCAAUGACCUCAGCCUUGAUGAGCCGGAACAGCCAAAGCUGAAUGUCCUCGACGUCAACCUCGUUGGCGCUCUAUACACAAUCAAGCUCGCCUUGUUCUACUUCCGCAAACAAAGCUCGAGCGGUCCAGUUCAAGACCAGAAUCUGAUCUUCACAGGAAGCACCGCAGGCUACAUGGAUUUUCCCGGUGCGCCACAGUACACGUCCUCCAAAUACGGCCUUCGAGGUAUCAUGAAGUCGUUGAGGUGGACAGAAAUUGAAUUUGGCACCCGCACCAACUAUAUAGCCCCAUGGUUUGUGAGAACAUCCAUUACAAGCGAAACAGCGAAGCAGUUCCUCGAUGCUUUGGGGACCGAGUUUGCCGAUGUCGACGAUGCGGGACGCUGUGUCAUGAGAAUCGUGUCGGACCCGAAUGUCAAUGGUCGUGCGUUCGGUAUCGUACCGCGCAGCAUGGCCCCCCACGGGUUUUUUGAUAUAGACAUCGACGACUACAAGGAGGGGACAUUGUUGAACGACAUGAAUAAACUCGCUGCUGCAGCGACUCACCGUUCCAAGAUCGACCCUAGUAAACAAAAGACAAACACCCAGUGGUAA